ACAGGAAGCAAGCGCAUAGUGCAUCCUGUGAUUGCGUUAUCAUAACUCCUGUCAGUCAAAAUCACGCGACGCCCAGUUACCGAUUCCCGAUAAAUAAAAAAAAUGCUACAACUGGUUAUAAAUUCUCAUGAAACCACAAAGCAUUUCAUUUAUUAUAAACUAAGAAAGGUCGCGUAGGUUCGCAGUCGCAUCAACUCUUGCAAACCUUGAAACACAUCCAGAUAAUGCGUAUGAGUUUCCACCGUUUCGCAUCACCUAGCAAUGAACCGCCCCUACAUCCGCAUCAUCGAGCAACCGCAAAAAUCGCUCCGGUUCCGGUACCAGUGCGAGAAGCGCACCGGAAACAUCCCCGGAGCUUCCAGCACUUCAACCCUUAAAACAGUGUGCGCCAUCCAAAUCGUGGGGUACCAGGGCCGGGCCGCUGUGGUUGUCUCCUGUGUGACUAAAGACGAGCCCCACAAGCCACACCCCCAUAAACUCGUGGGAGAGCACUGCAAAAAGGGAGUUUACACCUUCGAAGCGGAAAUCACCCCGAACAACCCUGAUAUCGUCUUCCGGAAGUUGGGGGUGCAGUGCGUGAAAAGGAACGAACUCAAGGAGAGUCUCAAUGUGCGAGAAGAAAAAAAUAUUGAUCCGUUUAAAACCGGGUUUUCGCACAAAGACCAUUUGAAUUGCAUCGACUUGAAUGUGGUCCGGUUGUGUUUCCAAGUGUUUCUAAUCGACGAAAAUGGCCGGUUUACCUCCGGGUUAGCUCCGGUUGUGAGUGAGCCGAUUUACAACCGGAAGACUUUCCCGGAUCCGGAUAUCUUCCGGUUGUCUCAUUGCAACGCCAGUGUGGACGGCGGAAAAAACGAUAUUAUCCUGUUAUGUCCCAAGGUCGAUAAAGACGACAUCCGAAUACGAAUUUACGAAACGGCAAAUGGUCAGACUUUAUGGCAGUACUUUAUAAACGGCGACCAAACGCAAAUCUACAGCAGCACAGCCAUUUGUUUCAAACCCCCGCCGUACAAAAACUUAAAUAUUGUCGAGCCCGUCCCUGUCUUCAUUCAACUAGUUCGGCCCUCUGACGAGGUCGUCAGUAAAUCAGUCCAGUUUGAAUAUUUACCCCUAGAUGCAGAGCCGGGGUUUUUGAAAGAAAAACGGAAAAAAUGCCAGGAUAUGUUACCACUUUUUGCACAACUUUUGGACAAUCCUGGCCCAAGUCACGCAAUGUCUCUAGAAAACUUACCGAAUUUUCCAAGUGGAGACAUUAAUAUUGAAAGUGCGAGCGGUGUAAGCAAACUACUGAAUAUCGAUUGCCACCAAAUCGAACUCGAACCGAUUAAUAUCAGUUCAGGUGACUUGGAAAUGUUCGAUGUAAAUAGAUUGUCGGGCAGUUUGCAAGAGAAUUUGUCACUGAGUGAUGUACUAGUUUAAGGAAAUAAAUUUCUACAAAAA